CACGCGACCGCUUCACUGACGUCAAAACAACUCGCGACGGCGGCGGCGGCAGCUGCGGAGCGGCUCCCGGAGCGCCGCCGAGCCCGAGCCCGAGCCCCGCCCAGCCCGCACCGAGCGGCGCGCACGUAACGCGAAACUUAAAGGCACUUCUGGGUUCUGCGUGCGGGAGGAACCAGUUCAAGUUUGGCGCGGGGGGGAGCACGGAGCAACUCCCUCUGCUUUCUAAUCUUCCUGUGCGUCCAUCAAAUUUCACUUUUCGAAUCAUGGAGGGAGAACAGAUUAUGGAGGGACAGCCACAGGUUCCAGAAAAUCCUCAUUCUGAAUACGGUCUCACUGAAAAUGUAGAGAGGAUAGUAGAAAAUGAGAAACUAAAUGCCGAGAAAACAUCAAAGCAGAAGGUGGAUCUUCAGUCGUUACCCACACGUGCCUACUUGGAUCAGACAGUUGUACCUAUCUUGCUACAGGGACUUGCUGUUCUUGCAAAAGAGAGACCGCCCAAUCCCAUUGAAUUUCUAGCAGCAUAUCUUUUAAAAAACAAGUCACAAUUUGAGGACCGAAAUUAACUCCAUAAAAAUGAGGACAUUUUGGCUGCUAGACUGAAAUGCUCAUUUGCCGCAAUUUGUUUUCUGCUGUAAAAAUCCUUUGGCCACGUUGUUGUCUUUAUUAACUGCACAAUUUGCUUUAUCUUUUGAGUUUAUUUAAUAAAGAACACUUUACAUUUAA